ACCACAACCUCAUCGUCUCUGCCAGUCACCAGCCGUCGUGACCACCCGCCGUCGUCGUGCCGGCGCCGCUCACAAUUCACCGUCGCCAUGGAGGCCUCUGGCGCUAACGAGACUACCAACAUGCAGAACUACAGCACGGAUGUUGACAUGGAGGAUGUCGGCGACAUUGAGCUCGACAUCAACGACCCCGAAGUCUGGCGGCAGAUGCAGGAAGAGGAGAGAGAGUGGAAAGAAGCGGAAGAGCUGGAGCGACAGCGAGCCCUACAACACCCGUUCGAACGCCUCAACGACCCCCGCCCGGCCCCGAUGUCACAGCUCACAGACACCGUCCCACGAAAAGUGCAUAUCAUGGGCCUCAACACCUUGAGCACGCAGGAUGUCCAAGCCUUCAUCGCCGAGCGUGGCUGCACGCGGGAUUUCCUGAGGGUUGAGUGGAUCAAUGACUCGUCGGCCAAUCUCGAAUUUGUGACCGAUGAGGCGGCUAAAAUGGCACUGAAUGCAUUUACCGGCUUGAAUGUUGAGGAUUGGGAGGAGAAGAAAGUUCCAAAGACAGGCCUGUCGACAAAAGAGCUAUCAUACCGACCAGACGUCGAGUUGAGGGUGCGCCUUGCCGGUAUCUAUGACGCGAAGCAGAAGGGUGCCCGUAAGCACAGCGAGUGGUACCAGAAGAACGGACGACGCGACAGCCGCUCGGAUGACAGGGGAAGGUUCAAGAAACCCCGCGACCUGGACGCGCCACGCAAGAGCCGACACGGUGAGGGCGAGUUUGACGUCAGCCUUUACGGAGAGGACACGAGUGGCUCGUCAAGAGAACCCUCGAGGCAUAGGGAUGCUGGAUCCAGAGACAGGCGCCACAAUUCGUUCCCCGGCACACGAGACAUAGAGCUGUUUGGAGACGCCAGCAGCCGCAAGAAGGUCCAAUUCUCGCGCGAGGACAACCGUGGCCGCCUGCGCAAUAGGAGCGCAUCCCCGAACCCUGAGGGCGACGGCCGCAUGGGCUUUGAGGCGGACGAGGAGGCUAGCCGUCGCAAGAUCCGUCGCCGCACCCCGACUCCCCCAUCGUACCGAAAGGACGCCAGAACCACCCGUGGAAAGGAACUGUUCCCAGUUAAGUUGGUCACCUUCACAACCGACAGGGAGUUGUUUGGAAAGAAGUCCCCCUCUGCCCCGCGAUCUAAGGAGCUAUUCCCCAAUAGAACUCCCAACAGCAACCACCGCCGCAGCGAUGCCGUCGACGCGAGCGAGGAUGUUCCCGAGCUAUUCCAGAAAGCGCCAGUCAAAGCACGCAGCCUGGCAGAUCGAAUCACGCGUGGUCCCCCAAGCCUCGAGGACCGCAUCACGAAACCACGCGACCUAGCCAGCAGAAUCACGAACAACGGGAAGUCCGACCAAAAGGGACAGGCGGAGGGGUUCACCAUUCGUGGCGCUGCACAGGAGACCAGAGAGCUUUUCGAGGACAGAGAGCUCUUUGACACAAAGAACAAGGGCCGCGGUGGCCCACGCCGUGGUGCAGAAGAUUUCUUUUGAUUGACCAAAGGUCCCCCUCUCUCUUUCCUUUUGUAACUACUUUCUGGCAUAGCGUGGACACGGUGGCAUAGGUCGGAGUACAAAAUGGGUGCCUCUGAGCGGGCGGUCAUGUUGCUUAUGAUACCACUUUUGCUCGGUAUUUGGUUGUUUUUGUCGGUCUUUCUGCUUGAUACUGGUCACUAGGACCCCUCUUUGCUGUAAUAAAAUAGAACAAUGGUACUCAGCGUGCUCACAACGCCUACGU